AUGCUCUUUACCAACUUCUCAAUGGAUGGCUUUAUCCGCAAACUUGACUAUCGAACGCUCACCUACGGCGUGACGAUUGUCCUGUUUGUUCUUUUCCGGCUCCUGAAGUCGGUAAGAACCAAACGAAAAGUUCGUGUUGAUCUUCUAAUCACGGCACUUCGCAAAAUCACGCGCCAUGAGUUUUCCGAGUGGACGCGAGAGCUGCUCGACAUUCCUGGACGCACCAUAUCCAUGGAUCUGCUCAGUGCGCAGAUCAUCCUGACAGCCGAUACUGAAAAUACCAAAGCCGUCCUCUCGACCAAGUUCUCUCAAUUCGGAAAAGGUGAAGAUUUCCACCACAUUUGGCAUGACCUCAUGAAAGACUCGGUGUUUGCAACUGAUGGAGCUCUCUGGCAUUCGAACAAAGAUUACUUGCGAAACUAUACGGCCAAGUCCAGGCCGUCGGAUCUUGACGUGACCGAGACGCACGUCAAAAUCCUUCUGGACAAACUCUCCGAUGACUGCGUGCACGACUGCCUCGAGGACAUGGACAGGUUCGUCCUGGACCUGGUCUCGGAUGUGUUCUUCGGGGAAUCAGCUGGCACGCAGUUGACAGCCGAGCAGCCCCUGAGGGACGCGGUUGAGGAGAUGUACGAGUGGAAUACCCGAAAGAGUCUGCUUGGGCGACUGGGCGCGCUGCUGCCCGGAAAUGCCGCAGCCUCCAAGGUUCUAGAUGACUAUCUCGAUGUGGUCAUUAACAGGGCUGUCGGUCGAGAGGACUUCCAAAGUGAGGAGGGCAUGCGGGCCCGUUCGACCAUGCUGGUAUCUCUUCUGGCUCAAGGGACGGACAAAAGCCGCGUGAAAGACCAAAUGCUCGCCAUUCUUAUCGGAGGAAAGGACCCCGGCGCCAUAGUUCUCGUCUGGAUCAUGUACGACCUGGCCCGACAUCCCGAGAUAAUGCAACGCCUGCGUCAAGAGAUCCACCAGACUAUUGGUUUCGAUAGCCUUCCAACGCCAAAGCAGUUGAAGUCGGUAACUCUGCUGCAAAACGUUAUCAAGGAGGCGCUUAGACUGCAUACGCCGCUCGGAUUUAAUAUCCGCACCGCUAAAGCGGACACUUCUCUCCCACGUGGCGGAGGAAAGGAUGGGCAAGAGCCUGUCGCGGUCCUUCAAGGGACCCACGUCAUCAUGUCAUAUUCGGGGAUCCAGUGCCGCCCCGACAUUGUCGGGCCAACGGCUGACGAAUUUGAUCCGGACCGCUGGAACAGCUGGACGCCGGCACUGUGGGAGUUCCUGCCGUUCAACCACGGGCCGCGCAUAUGCCUGGGGCGCAACUUCGCGUGGACGAUGAUGGAGUAUACAGUGUGCCGGCUCUGUCAGACAUUCGAGCAGUUCGAGCUGGUGGGGAGGAAGGCGGAGGACCGGAUGAAGGUCAAAAUCGCGCUCAACACCAAGCCCGCCGAAGCGGUAAUGCUGCGGUUCCGAAAGAGCCUGUAG